UUACCGGAAGAAACUAAUGAAUGUCACUGCAAAUAUGCUCUGAAAAUAAUCUAAACAGUAAUCCUGGACUCCCUUCUUUGUUUCAUCUCUCUAUCAUGAGUGGCCUGGUGAUUUUCGCGAUUUAGCCGAACGGAGGGAAUUUAAGCCAAGAAUUUUUAUGGUUGUUGAUGGGCAGCUAGUGACGAAGAUAACGAGGAUGAUGGCGGUGAAGAAUGCAACUCGGAAAGUGCUUGUAGGAUGGGCAAAAGUAUCUCAAAGAUAUUUAUCCUCAGCCGCCAACUGCAAACACAACCACCGCUCUGAAUCACAAAUACUAUUGUCUCCGCCUCUUGUCUCUCUCGACCUCCCGGAAAUUUGGGGUUCCGAUUCCACCAACCAUGAUCCCCAUCAGCCUCCAAGCUCCAUAACUCGCUCGAAAGUAAUUGAUGGGAAGUCUAUUGCUGAGGAAAUCAGGUCAAGGGUAGGCGUUGAUGUAAAAAGGAUGAAGGAGUCCAUCGGAAAGGUUCCUGGUUUGGCUGUGAUUUUGAUCGGACAGAGAAGGGACUCACUGACUUAUGUUCGUAACAAGAUAAAAGCCUGUGAAGAAGCUGGAAUCAAAUCUGUGUUGGCUGAACUUCCUGAUUGUUGUGCUGAAGAGGAUGUUAUGACUGCAUUGUUGAAGUUUAACGAGGAUCCGUCGAUUCAUGGUAUUCUUGUGCAGCUUCCUCUGCCCGAGCAUUUGGAUGAGGAGAAGAUUUUGAAUGUGGUGAGUUUGGAAAAAGAUGUGGACGGCUUCCAUCCCCUAAAUAUGGGAAAUCUUUCCAUGAGAGGAAGAGAACCACUGUUUGUUCCCUGCACACCUAAAGGUUGCCUUGAGUUAUUGAUCCGAUCUGGCGUGGAAAUAGUGGGAAAGAAGGCAGUAGUGAUUGGGAGAAGCAACAUUGUAGGAUUGCCUAUAUCGUUGCUACUGCAGGCAUAUUUCAUUUACAUUGUUGGACAGAGGCACCAUGCAACCGUCACUAUAGUACAUGCUUGCACAAGGAAUCCCGAGCAGAUCACAUGCAAAGCUGACAUAGUAGUCACAGCUGCCGGGGUACCAAAUCUGGUUCGUAGCAGUUGGCUGAAACCAGGUGCAGUUGUUAUCGAUGUUGGGACAUGCCCAAUUGAGGACCCCAGCGCCGAGUAUGGAUACCGUCUCGUAGGAGACGUUUGCUUCGAAGAAGCAUUGAGGAUAGCAUCCGCAGUUACUCCGGUACCUGGAGGAGUUGGACCUAUGACAAUUGCCAUGCUCCUCUGCAACACUCUUGAUUCCGCCAAACGGCUGUACGGCUUUACCUGAACCGUUAGAUCCAUGCCAAAAAGUUUUGCAUUGCGUACCUACACUUUUCUUGUUAACCAGUGGCUCUCUCUGUCCCAAUGGUUUUGAAUGGAUCUCAAUUUAUUGAAUA